AACAUCAACAAUAAUAAUUAAACAGGGUGGAUGGUAUUGUGAGUGCCUCAUCAACAACAAAUAUUAAUAUUCCCAACCAGAGUUUACAUUGGACUGCUGCGAAAAAAGAUCGUAAUUGCACAUAGGAAGACACAGGAAUACUUAAUGAAUGCCCAAUUGGUUGGAAACUGUCAACGACAGCGAACGAUGCUUUAAUACGAGAAUCAGAUACGGAUUAACUGAUUUGUGGCAACGCAUGCAAAGGGCGCAGACUGGCAAGCGCACGGUCUCCGGCAGCUGUUUCAGACAUAGCUAACACAAUGUCGGACAGCACCGGCGUGACUAUGGUGGCGACCGAUGAUGGGAUUGACGGCUCGGCCAGGAACACUGGCAGGGAAGGCGUCUAUAUACGCACAAUCGAAUGGGACAUGAUGAACAAGACCAAGUUUUUUCCACUGUCCAUGCUGAGCUCGUUCUCGGUGCGAUGCUGUCUAUUCCCGCUGACUGUGAUCAAAACACAGCUGCAGGUGCAGCACAAAAGCGACAUAUACAAGGGCAUGGUCGAUUGUGCCAUGAAGAUCUACCGUUCAGAGGGUGUGCCCGGUCUGUAUCGCGGCUUCUGGAUCUCUUCAGUGCAAAUCGUAUCCGGCGUCUUUUACAUCAGCACCUACGAGGGUGUCCGACAUAUACUCACGGAUCUAGGUACUGGGCACCGUGUGAAAGCUUUAGUUGGCGGCGGCUGUGCGUCGCUGGUGGGUCAGACCAUCAUAGUUCCUUUCGACGUUAUAUCACAACACGCAAUGGUGCUGGGCAUGUCGGCCCAUGCCGGCGCCAAAAAUGACAUAAAUCCUUUGGGGAUUAAGUCAUGGCCGGGCCGCAGUCGUCUGCAUAUAUCAAUGGACAUUGGGCAUGAGAUAAUGCGACGCGAUGGGUUCCGCGGCUUCUACAGAGGCUACACUGCCAGCCUAAUGGCAUAUGUGCCCAACUCGGCAAUGUGGUGGGGAUUCUAUCAUCUGUAUCAGGACGAACUUUGUCGUAUAUGCCCUAGUUGGGUCUCUCAUUUAUUCAUCCAAUGUGUGGCCGGCAGUUUAGGUGGCUUCACAACGACAAUACUAACCAAUCCAUUAGACAUUGUACGAGCACGCCUUCAGGUGCAUCGCCUGGACUCAAUGAGCAUGGCGUUCCGCGAAUUGUGGCAUGAGGAGAAACUGAAUUGCUUCUUUAAGGGCCUGUCCGCACGCCUGGUGCAGUCGGCGGCCUUCUCAUUCAGCAUUAUACUAGGAUAUGAGACGAUCAAGCGCAUUGCCAUUGACGAGCAAUACAAGCAUCAAAUACGGUGGUAACGGACCGCACAACUUUAAAGAAAACCAAAUUAAAUCGUAACUGCAUUUACGCAACGUACUGAGGAACCACCAGAGAUUUGUUGUUGGCACUGUGGCAGCGUGCUACACAAUUGUAAAUAGCUGACGAGAUGAAUAGAAAAGGGCACGGGGGUUAAUUAGCUAAAUUCUUAAAAUGAUUAUUUUUGUUAGGGCGCUUUAAUGUUUCAUGCAAUUAGUUUACAAACAAAUUUGUUAUGCUCUGCAAUGUUUAACAUAUAUUAUUAAUGCAACGUAACUUAAAAGUAUCCAAAGUGUUGUAGCUUAAAGUGAAAUUUUUUUGUUAUUGUAAUUUUAUACAUUAUACCUCAAGAGGCAAAAGGAAAAAACAGAUAACAGGCGGAAAUUAUUAUAUACCACACACUUACAUAAUAGCACUCUUGUACAUUAUUAAUUUAAGUAUGUAAUUGAUGAUGAUGUUGAUAAUAAUGUUACAAUAAUACUUUUAUAAAAUCCAAACUGGACAUUCUAACGCUAGUACUUACCUAAUUGUGUCCUUUUUAUCACAGCAGGUCGCCCAAUUAGGGCAAAUAUUGGAUGUUUAUGUGUUCUUUGAAAGAUAUGUAGUCUUAGCCAUGCAUUGUAAUAAAGUACAAACCAAGAAUUUAUACAUUUUUGGCACUGUGAACUGUAAA